GUUUUGAAUAUUGUAAAAAAGGCACUAAAUCAAACCGACUGUUGUUCGCUGGUAGUUUGAUUCGGAGCAUUUUAUCGUGCUGUCGUUCACAACAUAUAUACACGAGCAUUUAUCGUGUUGUCGUCCAUAUAUAUAUAUAAUUACCGCGGCGUGAAGAACAUUAAAUGACCGUCUUCCAUGACACACGAACGUCGUCCGACGACAGAUUGCCAAAAGUCUGUCAUUUUUUGUUUUUCUUUAAAUCGCCUCCAUACUCGGCUUCCUGAUCCUUCCAGCUCCGACAAAUCUCCAAUUUGCACAAAUAUGGUCCAUAGACUAAAACCCAUAUUGAACAAGUGUUUAACUGCUAAUCAAGCAAAACAAGUCCAUGCUCAGAUCAUAAUGAACAAUCUUUAUAACCUUGAGCCUCUUUUGGUUCGCCAAAUUCUUGCCUCUGCUCGCAAUUACUCUAGAAGUAUUGCUCAAUAUGUGCAAAAUAUCCUUUACAAUCUACAAAUUCCAGAUUCCUUUUCAUGGGGUUUCACAGUUAGAUAUUUCUCCCAGCAAGGCCAUUUCAAUGAAACUUUAAUUCUCUAUGUUGAAAUGCUUAGACAAGGACUUUGUCCAAGCUCAUUUGCUAUGUCAUCUGCUUUAAGGGCAUGUGCUAGGAUUUUAUAUAAGACAGGAGGAAUGUUUAUUCAUGCUCAGAGUUAUAAAUAUGGGUAUUGUAGUUGUGUUUAUGUUAAGACAACUUUAGUGGAUUUAUAUUCAAAAUUAGGUGAUAUGAGUAAUGCAAUUGAGGUUUUUAAUGAAAUGGUGGAAAAAAAUGUGGUUUCUUGGAACUCAAUUUUACAUGGUUAUUUGAAAUUUGGGAAUUUAGCAAAUGCUAAGCUUGUGUUUGAUCAAAUGCCGAAGAAAGAUGUUGUGUCUUGGAAUUCAAUGGUAUCUGGGUAUGCAAAUAUUGGAGAUAUGGACAAGGCUUGCCUUUUGUUUCAACAGAUGCCAGAGAGAAAUUGUGCUUCUUGGAAUGCAAUGGUUAGGGGGUAUGUGGAUUGUGGGAAUAUUGAAUCAGCACGAAAUGUUUUUGAUGAAAUGCCCUAUAGAAAUAAUAUUUCUUGUAUCACAAUGAUUUCUGGGUAUUCAAAAUAUGGAAAUGUUGAUUCUGCUUGGCAAUUAUUUAAUCAGAUGGAAAAGAAAGAUUUGGUUUUGUUCAAUGCCAUGAUAUCUUGCUUUGCUCAAAAUAACAGGCCAAAACAGGCGAUUCUAUUGUUCCAUGAGAUGAUUAAAGAUAACGUGGAUGUUCAACCAGAUGAGAUGACUUUGGUAAGUGUUGUGUCAGCUUGUUCACAAUUGGGGGAUGUUAGGUUUGGGUCAUGGAUUGAGACGUAUAUAAAAAAAGCCGGAAUUGAAUUUGAUGAUCAUUUGGUCACUGCUUUGAUUAACCUUUAUGCAAAGUGUGGGAACAUUGAUAAGGCGUAUGAGCUAUUUCAUGUCUUGAAGAAGAAGGAUGUGGUUGCUUAUAGUGCAAUGAUACUAGGAUGUGGCAUAAAUGGAAAGAUUACUGAUGCCAUUAGACUUUUUACUGAAAUGUUCGAUGCGCAAAUUCGACCAAAUUUAGCCACAUUCAAUGCACUGUUAACUGCUUAUAACCAUGCUGGUUUGGUUGAAGAAGGUUACCAAUGCUUUGACUCCAUGAAAGAUCACCAACUUGUGCCUUCAAUGGAUCAUUAUGCAAUCAUGGUUGAUCUUUUAGGGAGGGCAGGGAGAUUAGAAGAUGCAUUUGAGCUUAUAAAGAGAAUGCCGAUGCAGCCUCAUGUUGAGGUUUGGGGAGCUUUACUGCUUGCUUGCGAGGUACAUAGCAAUGUUGAGUUUGGAGAGAUUGCAGCUCAACAUUGCUUUGAUUUGGAACCUACCACAACUGGUUAUUAUUCUCUUCUUGCCAACAUUUAUGCUUCUGUUGGGCGAUGGGAUGAUGCCAGGAAAUUGAGAAAGGUAAUGAAAGAGAGGAAAUUGGCCAGGAUACCAGGUUGUAGUUGGACAGAAUCAACUUAAUUCUUUAUAAUAUUGCGAUUAUAAAGCGCUAUCCAAGAGCUUUAUUAAAGCAUAUUACGGAAUUCAAUCUGGUUUUGAUUAUGAAAUUUGAUUAAUUUUGCUUAUGGAUGUGGCUAAACUUGGUUGAAUCUGGGCAUCCACUAUUUCUGCCAAAAGUCAGAUCGCAUCAAUAUACUUCGAUAAAGCUUAAUCAAAGCAGUGACCAAAUGACCAUCAAAUUCGAUUCCAACCUUUUUUUUAAGGUAAGUCUAAAUCCACGAGGACCAUGAUACGAGCCUCACAUCCCCAAGCACUUGUUUUGGCCUGUUAUUUUCAGCAAAGAAGACACAAUGGCAUUCUAAAAAACAGAUCUUUUUCUUCCAUCAGAUUAAAUAGUUGAAUUCCCAAGCAGGAUCAGUAUUUCUAUAUAGUUUGAAUUCCAGAAAUCAAUACUAGUCCAGGAAAUAUUAUUUCUUGGGGGCGUUUCAUCAACAGAUCUUACAUACAUUCUAUAAUUAUUUGCCUGGGUUUUGUCUCGAAGGCCAUAUGCCCCUUUGUAUCUUGAGAGGUUAAUUAGAAGUUUUCCAAUUAUGUAAUAUAAAUUUUUCUUAAUAAAAAAAAUGAAUAUAUAAUAU